CACCGAAAUUCCUCGAGCUACUUCAAAACACACACAACACCGAUGCCGCCGCCGCCGCCACCACCAAUCACCGCUGCACCCAUGAUCCCGGCAUCCCCAAAAAAGCCGAUCCCGUCCCCGCGCCAAAUCGCAGCGCUAGUGCUGAGCCAUCCGUCCUCCACGCUCACCGCCGCGUCGGCGCGCUCCCUCUCGGCGUCCCUCCUGGCCGCCGGCCCCGCGUCCGCGUUCCCGAUCCCGACCCCCGUGGCCAACGCCGUCAUCAAACUCCUGUGGCACCACGCCCCACGCGCGCUCCUCUUCUUCCACGCUCUCCUCCGCCUCCCAGAGCGCUCGCGCGACCUCUCCCCGUGCACGGUCGACCUCGCGCUCGACCUCGCCGCGCGCCUGCGCCACCCACGUCAGCUCACGAGCUCCAUCCUCGCGCUCUUCCCGCGCCACGGCCUCGCCUUCACCCCGCGCACGUUCCCCAUCCUGUUCGAGCGGUUUGCGAUGUCCCACCGCCGCCCCGACCUCGCCAUCCGGCUCUUCCUCUCUCUCCACCGCUCCCACGGCAUCGCGCAGGACCUCCCGUUGUUCAAUUCCCUCCUCGACGCGCUCGUCAAGUCGCGGCGCGCGAGCAAGGCGGCCUCCCUCGUCCGUGCCCUCGAGCAGCGGUUCCCUCCUGACGCGGUCACGUACAACACCCUGGCUGACGGAUGGUGCCGCGUCAAGGACACCUCCCGUGCGCUCGACAUCUUGCGGCAGAUGGUCGAGUCAGGGAUUGCCCCAACGAAAGCAACCUAUAACAUCAUCCUCAAAGGUUUCUUCCGUUCUGGACAGUUGCAGCACGCAUGGGACUUCUUCCUCCAGAUGAAGAGGAGAGGCAGCAAUGACGAGAACUGUAAGCCUGACGUCGUAUCGUACACCACCGUACUGCACGGGCUCGGUGUUGCCGGGCAGCUGGACAAAGCCCGCAAAGUGUUUGACGAAAUGUCUAUAGAAGGAUGCAAGCCAUCGACUGCGACUUAUAACGCAUUAAUUCAGGUAACCUGUAAGAAGGGCAACUUGGAGGAUGCCGUGGCAGUGUUUGAUGAUAUGGUCAGAAAGGGUUACAUUCCAAAUGUGGUUACCUAUACUGUCUUGAUCCGAGGCCUCUGCCAUGCUGGGAAGGUUGUUCGAGCUAUGAAGCUUUUGGAUAGGAUGAAGAGUGAAGGUUGUGAGCCUAAUGUUCAGACAUACAACGUUCUUAUCAGGUAUUCACUUGAGGAAGGGGAGAUUGAGAAAGGCUUGGAUUUGUUCGAGACAAUGAGCAAGGGAGAGGAAUGCUUGCCCAACCAAGAUACAUAUAAUAUUAUAAUAAGUGCAAUGUUUGUGCGUAAGAGGGCAGAGGACAUGGCGGUGGCUGCCAGAAUGGUGGUGGAAAUGGUGGAUAGGGGCUACUUGCCAAGAAAGUUUAUGUUCAAUCGUGUACUGAAUGGAUUAAUGUUGACUGGAAAUCAAGAGCUUUCUAGAGAGCUCUUGAGAAUGCAGGAGAAAUAUACGCGCUUGCGACGAGAAAUAAGAUUGUGAUUGGCAUUGGAUUUUUUGGAUGAUAUAUACAUUCAACAUCUUUUGCCCUGGGUACAGCCUACAGAAGAUCAAAAUCUAGAUGCAGCACCAGGAUAACCUAGUCAGUUAGCACUCCUAGCCUCCUACUGUCCAGUGAUUACUGAUCUGUCUGAUAUGGAGCUGAAACAUCAUUGCUCUUACAGUACUUCCAUGUCCAACCCCCAAAUCAAACGCUACCUAAGAUAUCAAGCACACUGUAAAUUCUCUCUGUCAUCUUUUACUUCAAGGAAUGGUAUGUAUCAUUUAACACUUGCAGUAAAUAGGUACGUAAUAUGUUUAUUUUGGGCAGCAGGUUCGCGGUGUAUUGAUUUCCUUUCAUGUUACUGGAUAUGUGUGAAGCAUUGCCUUUUGUGGGUGAUGGGAUUACUGCAGUUUGUAUGUUUCGAUUUGUACACUUGUUUUUUUUUUUCUGCAGAUUUAUGGUGAUGGAUAUAUAGGCAUGUAGCAGAUGGAUUGCCAUUUGCCAAGCAUUCGGAUCAUCCGAUGAGUAGUGUGGGCUGGCUUGCUGACGAACAUCAAUAAGACAGGAUCUCUACUCAUGACACCUGCACUUGUUUUUGAUGUUUUCCCCAUAGUUCCCUUUGAUGCUGAACUUUGGCGUAUGCUAGUGUGCAGUCUAGCUGUCUAGGUCUUGCGCGUUGGUAGAUUUCUGUAGCUACUGAGAUAGCCUGAUGUGUAUUACAGUUGAGAACACAUAUCAUAAAUCCCUAAGUCUUUCACUUUAUUUUGUAGCAAA